UAUCGCUAUCGGUUUAAUGAAAAUGUAUCUUAAAUUUAUUUAUUGAAUAUGAGUGGAAAUACUGAAUUUAAACAUUUAUUUCCUAUUGACAGCAUUCAGAAAGUUUGUGAUUUAUUUGAUGAGCAAUUGCGUAGUGAAAAAGAACCCGAUUUAGCUUUGUUUUCAAUAAUAGUCGGCGCUGUCGAGAAUAACCUUACAAACAUUAAAAACAGCGACAAAGAUGUGAAUCUAUCUACAAAAAAAUUUGUUAAGAUGAAAUUUCCGUCUCUUGAAUGGGAUGAAGUAAGGUCAUUAAAUGAGAGAUUCGUAACUUUGAUGCGAGGAGGGGUUGAGAAUAAAUUGUUAUGUGGGGAAUUUGCUACCAGAGAUUUGGUUAAACGCGUUGCUGAUAUAGUAUGGAAUUCCCUGACACGCAGUUAUUACAAAGAUCGUGCGCAUCUACAGUCCAUCUACAGUUUUUUGACUGGUAAUAAACUAGAUUGUUUUGGUGUGGCAUUUGCUGUGACUGCAGGCUGUCAAGUUCUAGGCAAACAUGAUGUCCACCUUGCGUUAUCAGAAGAUCAUGCUUGGGUAGUUUUUGGGAAAGAUGGCACUGAAACUGCAGAGGUCACUUGGCAUGGAAAAGGAAAUGAAGACAAAAGAGGUCGGUCUGUAGGAGAUGGAGUAUCAGCACGCUCAUGGCUCUAUGUUGCCGGAAAGCCGGUUGUGUGUACUCGUAUAAUGGAAUUGGCUGCAUUGGUGUCGUCAAUAAAUCCCACUUUGACUCCCACAAUCGAUGUGCAUGAAGUUGCACAGAUGCAGCACAGACUGUUAUGGCUCCUCUACGAUCAUGGUCAUUUAGAUGCAUAUCCUAUGGCUCUUGGAAAUCUCGGCGACCUGGACGAGUAUAUGAAAAUAUCUAAUAACGCAGAUGAUACCGAAGAUUCUCCAUUGCCACAAUCAUUUGCGACCUCAAGACCAGAUUCCGCUGCUCUCUACACCCAAGCCAUUCGUUCUUCGCGAACACAUUAUGAUGACCGGCAUGUUUAUCCGUAUACCUUUCAAGCCGGGUACUAUCAUCGUCACAAAAUGUAUAAAGAAGCAUUUCAUGCAUGGGCCUGCGCUGGAGAUGUUAUAAGGCAUUAUAAUUAUUCCCGCGAUGAUGAAGAAAUAUACAAAGAGUUUUCAGAAAUUGCUAAUGAAUUAAUACCUCAAUUAAUGAAAGCAGAAAGUUCAGGACAUUCAGCGCGAUCAAUUUUAAAGGAUCCUGAAUGUUUUGCUUCCCUCUUAAGAUUUUAUGAUGGAAUUUGUAAAUGGGAGGAGGGUAGUCAGACACCAAUUCUUCACAUUGGAUGGGCAAAGCCUUUAGUGAGUACCAUUUCCAAAUUCGAUGCAGAGGUCCGAGCUCAGGUAAAUAUAAUCUGUAAUACAGAGUCUGAUGAAAAUAAAGAAGAACCAAAAGAGGCCACGACAACCGAGAAAAAAGAAGAGCCCAAUAAUGAAGACAAAGACAAAUGGAAUAAUAACGCUGAUAACACUGAAAUGACUGUUAGGGAACAAUUGACGGCAGCAGUAAACAGCCGGCCGCGAGUCACUCUAUAUAGUUAUAAAAUGGCUGCCUUGAAACCCCUUCUACUAGCUGAGAGAUUAAACACUCAUGCCUUACAACUUCAGUUGACAGCGCAGAGUCAGCUACAGCGCCCUCUAGCGCAGGCCAAGAGACGAGCUGAAGAUGAACAAAAUCAAUCUACACAAACCGCUCGUGGUAAACGUGCUAGAAGGGAACGUUAAACUGACGGCAUUAUAUGUUAGUCUCCGCAUCUAGACCAGUAUGAUAAAUCUGCUAAUGUUUGCGUAACUAGAGAAAGUUAAUAGCACUUCAACUACAAUCUUGUUUGACACAAUUCUUGUUACUACAUCACAAAAUAAUAAAUAAAUCUGUCAUCACUGAGUUGUGUGAAAGAUAUAUUAGACUACAGAUAGAUAGUACUCAUAUAAUGACAAAAUGCUAGUAAUUGAGACUAUUGAGAUGCGUUUAUUAAGUACAAAUUUGCAGAAAUCUAUUUGACUGCCGACCCAAAACAUAAAUAUAUUUGACACCCGGGAGCUCGACGUUUCUAUUUAUGUUAAUAAAACAAGAGGAUUCAUUAAAAGGUCGAGGUGAAAUGCUUGAAAUAAAUAAAAAAAAAAACUAUUUCAAUAUCACCGAAAAUCGAGUGAUUUUGAGUGACGACACGACCCGAGGUUAAGAAUCACUGA